GGACGAGAGGCCAUCAUCGGAGAAGCUUUGAAUUCUCAGCUGAUUGGUGCGACUCGCCUCUCGCUCCCUCUGGGCGAAUCGCACGACGCACGACGUGAGUUGUUUUCCAACAAUUUCGACGCGCCGUCUCUCGUUCGUUUGACUUCCAUUUAAAAUUACAGUUGUCGCUCGUUGUUGUUAAUCGUAUAGAUUUAUUUUCGAAUGAUCGACAUUCCGACGAUCAGGUGGCGUGUAGAACAAUCACUGUCUUUCACGCUCUCCGCCUUGUACACACACGCAAAAUACACCUCGCAACGUGCGCGCGACGAGGUUAGGUUGACUCCAAGUCGGCGAGCAUGAUCCUUGCGCGCGCUACCGGAUUGCUGUCCAGGUACCUGCAUCGCGGGGCUCGGCGUUACCUGAAUAAUGAUCAUGCGACCUCGACACUGGCGGAGACGCGAAGCGAGGGCAAAAAUGAGAAGCACAUCGUCUGGCUCGAUAUGGAGAUGACAGGGCUAGAGGUGGAAACGUGUCGUAUCUUGGAAGUCGCGUGCUUCGUGACCGACGAGCAGUUAGAGCUCGCAAGCGAUUGCUUGAACAUCGUUAUACAUCAGUCGGAUGAAGUCUUGAAGAGUAUGAACGAUUGGUGCAAAUUGCAGCACAGAAAGACCGGCUUAAUCGACGAGUGUCGACUGAGUACGACUACACUGGAGGAAGCGCAACAAAGGACGUUGAAUUUUUUGGAGAACCAUGUCCCGAGAGGAGCGUGCCCGUUGGCUGGAAACACAGUCUACAUGGACCGCCUAUUCCUGAAGAAGUACAUGCCGCUGGUCGACAAUUAUUUGCACUACAGGAUUAUCGACAUUAGCACAAUUAAAGCUUUGGCUAGGAGAUGGCAUCCGGAUAUAAGUAAAGCAGCGCCAAAAAAACAACAUUCUCACAGGGCCGUGCACGACAUAAAAGACAGUCUAAACGAGCUUCGUUAUUAUAGGAAAAAUCUGUUUGUGUCGUGAAAGUUGGUAUCCUAUAAAAUUAAAAUAAAAACGAAUCGCCAUUAAACAGUA